AUGCCAAUGCUCGACCAGGUGGAAUCGUCCGUGGUGACCAAGCUAAAGAGGCCCUGCCCUGUCUGGGCCAGGGCGUCACUACGGGUAGGGUUCGCAUUCUCCUGGUUCUUCAUGGCCGUGGCCAUACCAUUCUUCGGAAGCGUGGCAGGCCUCAUGGAAGGGAUUGUGUUGUUGAUAACACUAGCGUACUCGUGCUUCAUGUGGCUCAAGGUCAGGAAGCCAACUCGUGACUCCUGA